GGACGGACGGGCAUGGUCGGCUGAGGGAGGCGGUGGCGGCGGCAGCGGCAGCGGUAGCGGCAGAGGAGGGCAUGUCCCUUGCGGGAACCCCAACCCCCUGAGUCGCCCGCAAGGGGGUCCCCCCUCUGUCCCCUCCCUCUCCAGGCGCCAUGGACAAGCUGCCGCCGUCCAUGCGCAAGCGGCUCUACAGCCUCCCGCAGCAGGUGGGACCCAAGGCUUGGAUCAUGGACGAAGAGGAGGACGAGGAGGAAAGUGACAAGGACACCCGCAGGAAGAGCAUCCGCCUCCGGCCCCUGCCCUCGCCCUCCGCGGCUGCGGGCGGCGGGGAGCCCCGAAGCGCGGCCCCAGGCAUCAUGGAGACCGAGGUGGGCAGCCGCGGCGGCGGCGGGGGCAGCGCGGCCAAGUCCAGCACCAACGGGGACUGUCGGCGCUUCCGAGGUAGCCUGUCUUCGCUGACCAGCCGAGGCGGCGGCGGCAGCGGUGGCGGCGGUGGCGGCACCAGCGCCAGCAGCGGCGGCGGCGGCGGGAGCGGCCACCUGCGAGACUCGGCGGAGGAGAAGCGCCUCAUCGGUGAGGGCGAUGCGUCCCCCUGCGAAGACAAGAGCCCCCCGGGCCUGGACGGGGAGCCGGAGCCCCCCGAGCCCCUCGGGCAGUCCCCGAUGCCCUCCUCCUCUGCCGAGCAGCCCUCCGGCUCCUCUGCCACCUGCAUCAAAGUGGAAGGAGGGGCGGGGGGCGACCAGAUCGUCCCUGACGAUGAGGCGAGGCUGGGCCAGGCGGGCUUCAUGCAGCGCCAGUUUGGAGCUAUGCUCCAGCCAGGGGUCAACAAAUUCUCCUUGAGGAUGUUCGGCAGCCAGAAGGCCGUAGAGCGCGAGCAAGAAAGGGUUAAAUCGGCCGGUUUUUGGAUUAUCCAUCCUUACAGUGACUUCAGGUUUUACUGGGACCUGACCAUGUUGCUCCUGAUGGUGGGGAACCUGAUUAUCAUCCCCGUGGGCAUCACCUUCUUCAAGGAUGAGAACACAACACCCUGGAUUGUCUUCAAUGUGGUCUCGGACACGUUCUUCCUCAUUGACCUUGUCCUCAACUUCCGGACAGGCAUUGUUGUUGAGGACAACACGGAGAUAAUACUGGACCCUCAGAGGAUCAAAAUGAAAUACCUGAAGAGUUGGUUUGUGGUGGACUUCAUCUCCUCCAUCCCUGUGGACUACAUUUUCCUCAUCGUGGAGACACGCAUAGACUCUGAGUUCUAUAAGACAGCUCGGGCUCUGCGCAUUGUCCGAUUCACUAAGAUCCUGAGCCUCCUUCGCCUCUUGCGCCUCUCCCGCCUCAUUCGCUACAUCCACCAGUGGGAAGAGAUCUUCCACAUGACCUAUGACCUGGCCAGCGCUGUCGUCCGGAUAGUGAACCUCAUUGGGAUGAUGCUUCUGCUUUGUCACUGGGACGGCUGCCUCCAGUUCCUGGUGCCCAUGCUGCAGGACUUUCCGGGGGACUGCUGGGUGUCCCUCAACCGCAUGGUGAACGACUCGUGGGGGAAGCAGUACUCUUAUGCUUUGUUCAAGGCCAUGAGCCACAUGCUCUGUAUAGGUUAUGGAAAGCAGGCACCAGUGGGCAUGUCGGACGUCUGGCUCACCAUGCUUAGCAUGAUUGUGGGUGCCACCUGCUAUGCUAUGUUCAUCGGUCACGCCACGGCCCUCAUCCAGUCGCUGGACUCCUCGAGGCGCCAGUACCAGGAGAAGUACAAGCAAGUGGAACAGUACAUGUCCUUCCACAAACUCCCACCUGACACCCGGCAGCGCAUCCAUGACUACUAUGAGCACCGCUACCAGGGCAAGAUGUUUGAUGAGGAGAGCAUCCUGGGCGAGCUGAGUGAGCCACUACGGGAGGAGAUCAUCAACUUUAACUGUCGAAAGCUGGUGGCCUCCAUGCCCCUGUUUGCCAAUGCGGACCCCAACUUUGUGACGUCGAUGCUGACGAAGCUGCGGUUCGAGGUUUUCCAGCCAGGUGACUACAUCAUCCGGGAAGGCACCAUCGGCAAGAAGAUGUACUUCAUUCAGCAUGGCGUGGUCAGCGUCCUCACCAAGGGUAAUAAAGAGACCAAGCUGGCAGAUGGCUCCUACUUUGGAGAGAUAUGCCUGCUAACGAGAGGGCGGCGCACAGCCAGUGUCCGUGCUGAUACCUACUGCCGCUUGUAUUCACUGUCUGUGGACAACUUCAAUGAGGUUCUGGAGGAAUAUCCCAUGAUGCGUCGGGCUUUUGAGACUGUGGCUUUGGAUCGGUUGGACCGCAUUGGCAAGAAAAACUCCAUCCUUCUGCACAAAGUCCAGCAUGACCUGAACUCAGGAGUCUUCAACUACCAGGAGAAUGAGAUCAUCCAACAGAUUGUGCAGCAUGACCGAGAAAUGGCGCACUGUGCACACCACGUCCAGUCCGCUGCGGCCUCUACACCCACACCAGUCAUCUGGACCCCCCUAAUCCAGGCCCCGCUACAGGCAGCUGCUGCCACCACCUCUGUGGCCAUUGCUCUCACCCACCACCCCCGCCUCCCUGCCGCCAUCUUCCGGCCCCCAACAGGCGCCAGCUCUGGGCUGGGCUCUCUGGGUCCUGGUCAGACUCCGAGGCACCUGAAGCGUCUCCACUCCCUGAUCCCGUCUGCUCUGGGUUCCCCAGCCAGCACCCCAUCCCAGCUAGACACGCCGUCCUCGUCCUCCUUCCACAUCCAGCAGUUGGCUGGCUUCUCCGCCCCGGCAGGCCUCGGCCCCUUCUCUUCAGCUAGCUCUCCACCUGCUGGUCCUGGACCGCCACCUCCGGGAGCCUGCGGCUCCCCACUUGAGACCGCCUCGGCAGCACCCACCACCCCAGCCGCCACUGGCUUUGGCCACUUCCAGAAGGCUUCGGGCGGCUCCCUGUCCUCCUCUGAUUCACCCCUGCUCACCCCACUCCCCAGCCGCACCCGGUCCCCUCCAGGUGCUCAGGGGCAGCCCCUGGCUGGGGCCACGGGGGGCCUGGGGCUCCUAGAACACUUCUUGCCACCUCCAGCCUCUUCUGGCUCCCCAUCCUCGAGCCCAGGUCAGCUGGUUCAGCCACCUGGAGCCUCUUCCCCAGCCUCUGUCCCACCAAGUGCAUUAGGGAUGUCACCGAUGCAGCCGGAGAGGCUGCCCUUUGCCAUGGGGGCCUCCGGAGGGGUGUCCUCUAUGGCCUUCACACCCAGAGGCCUCAGCCCUCCCAGUCAGAGCCCAGGCCCAGGGAGAACUUUUCAAUGUGCCCCACCCCGGGCAUCAGGUUCCCACGGCUCCCUGCUUCUGCCCCCUGCCUCCAGCCCCCCACCACAGAUCCCCCAGCGCCGGGGCACCCCACCUCUCGCCCCGGGCCGCCUCACACAGGACCUCAAGCUCAUCUCAGCCUCUCAACCAGCCCUCCCUCAGGAUGGGGCUCAGACGCUGCUCCGGGGCUCCCCUCACUCCUCAGGGGAGUCCGUGGCUGCCUUCCCGCCUUUCCGGGGUGGGGGCGGGGGUUUGAUACCCCUUGGAAGGCCCUUUGGCACAGGCCCGGCCCAGAGGGUCACCUUGCCUCGGCAGACAUCCUCAGGUUCUUUGCCCCCACCCCCACCAUUGUUUGGGGCUGAAGCUGCCUCUACGGGGGGACCCUCCCUGACUGCCGCCCCCCGGGGCCGAGAAUCCACAGGACUGGUGGGUGCCCCAGAGCCACCUGUCCGCUCCAAACUGCCUUCUAAUCUAUGAACUUGGGCUCUUACUCUUACCCCUAAACUUUCUUUUAUGUUUUCCUUCUGGUUUAACUGUGAUUAGGAAAAUAACAAUAACAGUAAUCAUUAUAAUAACCCCCCUGACACACACACACACACACACACACCAGCCCAGGACAGGAGAACACCAGGCAUUCCUAGAGCUGUAGAUUUGGGGGGUCACUUGCUUUUAUAGAUUCUUUUACCACUUGAGGAAAGGGGGGAGGGAGGGGCUGAAAGCCCCAGAGGGAGGGAUUGGGCGGGGAGUCAGAUAUGU